AUGGCGGCGACGGAGGUAACUUUUCAUCGCGGCAGUUCCGUGGAUGAGAAUUCCGUGCAGGUCAGUAUACGACAAGGUGAUUCCACAUCCAGUCAAGAGGAUUCUGAUGGAAAACCACCACCUUCGGGACGGCUACCCCGUCUUUUCGAGCGAUCGUCAGGGAGUUGGAUGAACCCUCGAUUCGAUUCGACGAUCUUGGAAAAGCAGUUAGUAAGAAGUUACUUUCCCCAAAACAAACGCCGAUUCCAAUAUGCGCUGCUUUAUAUCAUCGUAUCCUGUGUGGCGUGGAGUAUAUUUUUCGCGGUUUUGAUGAGAGAUCAUUGGUUAGCAUUCGUAAUUGGUAGCGUAGCCGUGCUUAUAUUCUGCAUAUCGUUGCUGUUUUUUACGUGUUCUAGGUUUUACACAUGCCACACUAUGUUGGUAACAUCGUUGGUUUUAUCUAUAGUACUGUGCACGCUAACACUUGCUACAGUUGCUUAUUACGACUACCCCAAAUCUCCGGUUAGUAAUGUUGGCAUGUUUGCAAUUUGUGUGGAAAUUUUGCUGAUGAUGUAUACCGUCAUUCCUAUGCCUCUGUUGGUUGCUGUAGUGUUAGGUGCUUUGUAUUCAAUUCUGUAUGAAGUAUUAUACUACAUCAAUAGAAGGGCGAUGCCAAAUUAUGAGUUUGAAAACCAGCAAGAAAUCAUCAUGGCUGUCUGCAAAAUUUUCCUCCAUAUCUGCAUUCAUCUAAUGGGGCUCUCAAUAUUCUUCAUGUCUCAAGUUAGAAAACACAGCACAUUUUGGAAGGUUGCUCAGUCCAUUGUUGCUAGGCGUGAACUGGAAGUUGAAAAGCAUAUCAAAGAGAAGAUGAUUCACUCUGUGAUGCCUAGACUGUUAGCUGAUGAACUCAUGCAAUCUACUGGAGAAGAGGACCAGGACAGUAAAAAAAGAAGAUCUCUGCAUGGAUCAAGUCCCAAAAAGAAGAAAUCACAAGGCAUAUUUCGACCUUUCUAUAUGAAUCGAAUGGACAAUGUUAGUAUUCUAUACGCUGACAUAGUAGGAUUUACUAAGAUGAGCUCUAACAAGACAGCCGAGCAGUUAGUAGGCCUCUUGAAUGAUUUAUUUGGUCGCUUUGACAUUCUUGCUGAGAAAAAUGGUUGUGAGAAAAUAAGCACAUUGGGUGAUUGUUAUUACUGUGUGUCUGGGUGCCCAGAACCACGACCAGAUCAUGCAAUAUGCUGCGUGGAGAUGGGCCUCCAAAUGAUCAGUACCAUUAAAGAAUUCUGUCAAGACACCAACGAAAAUGUCAACAUGCGAGUGGGAGUACAUACCGGCACUGUACUAUGUGGAAUUAUUGGUACCCGUAGAUUCAAAUUUGAUGUCUGGUCUAAUGAUGUUACCCUUGCAAACAUGAUGGAAGCCGCUGGUCUGCCUGGAAAAGUCCAUGUAUCUGCUGCCACUGCUAAGUUUUUUAAUGAUGCGUACAACUUAGAAGAAGGGAAAGGAGACAGCAGACACUCUUCCCUCAUAGGUAGGUAG